AUGGCUUCUCCAAUGUCCCUAUUCAUGCUCCAAACACCCUACUUCCCUCUCUAUCCUUUCUUCAUCCUCGUGAUUCUGGUUAUUUUGUGGAAGAAAACAAAAGCCAGAUCAGGCUCUAAUGAGUCUAAUCCAAUACUUAAGUCUCCACCAGGGCCAUGGAAGCUGCCUGUUAUAGGAAACUUGCAUCAGUUAGCUGCUGGUAAUCCACUACCACAUCACGCACUGAGAGACUUGGCCAAGAAGCAUGGACCUAUUAUGCACCUUAAACUUGGUCAGUUGGAGGUUAUUGUAAUUUCUUCGUCCAAAGCUGCAGAAGAGGUGUUGAAGACACAUGAGCUCACUUUUUCUCAGAGGCCUCGGGUUUUGGCGGUGGAAGUUAUGUCUUUUGCACAAUCAAGCAUUGUGUUUGCUCCUUAUGGUGAUUACUGGAGAGAGAUGCGCAAGAUUUGUGUCCUCAAUCUCUUCAACGCUAAACGUGUGCAGUGUUUUAGAUCGAUAAGAGAAGAAGAGGUUUCGAAUCUCAUUGAAUCUAUUUCUGCAUCAUCAAUGGGACUUACUCCCACCAUCAACUUGAGUGCCACGAUCUCCAGCUUGACAAAUGUGAUUGUGUCGAGGGCAGCGCUUGGUGGAAAGUGCAGAAAUGCGAAGGAGUUUACUUCAUUGCUCGAGAAAGCAACACAACUUGCUGCAGGCUUUGACAUACCUGACUUGUUCCCUUCACUCAGAUUUCUUGGCUACAUCACUGGAACAAUACCUUCGAUGAAGAAGAUGCGAAAUAAGCUCGGAACGAUUCUUGAGAGCAUCAUCAACGAACAUAAGGAGUCGAAGAAGAACGAAAAGUCUGAGGAAGAUUUUGUGGAUGUACUACUCAAACUUCAGGAGUCCAAGGAGGUUGUGUUAACAACUAAUCAGAUCAAAGAUGUGAUCAUGGACAUAUUCUCUGCAGGUAGUGAGACUACGGCUACUGCCAUCGAAUGGGCAAUGUCCGAGUUGAUGAGAAACCCUAGAGUCAUGAACAAGGCCCAAGCUGAGCUGCGGAAGACAAAACUUGAAGAAGCUGCAGACGUUCAAAACCUAGAUUACUUGAAGGCAGUUGUGAAAGAAACUCUAAGGUUGCACCCUCCAGCUCCCUUGCUUCCUAGAGAAUCAAGAGAAAGAUGCAAAAUCAGCGGAUACGAAUUGCCAGAGAAAGCCAAAGUGAUCAUAAACGAAUGGGCUAUAGGGAGAGAUCCGGAGAGUUGGGUUGAUGCGGAGUCGUUUAAGCCGGAGAGGUUCCUCCAUGGUUCUGAGUCAGAUCUAGACUUUAAAGGUUUCGACUUCGAGUUCAUUCCUUUUGGGGCUGGGAGAAGAAUAUGUCCCGGGAUAUCAUUUGGAGUUCCCAUAAUUGAACUUGCUCUUUCUAAAUUGCUCUAUCAUUUUGAUUGGGAGCUGGGAAAUGAGACCAAACCGGAAGAGCUUGACAUGUCCGAGACUUUCGGAGUAUCAUGUAGGAGAAAGCAUGAUUUAUACGUGAUUGCUACCCCUCAUCGAUCGUUUCCCUGCACUGAAUCAUCGAUGAUGUAG